AAUGCUAGUUCUGAGAAACGAAUGUACCAAAAACCAAAAUGGCCAACACGGACAACCUUUUGUAUCAUUUAAGAAAUAAACGAGAUGCCAUCGACAAGGAACAUUCGUUUUUCCAGAAAGCUCUUGGCGAUUUUGUUUCUAGGGUUACCACUGACGUGAAUGUUGCCAUCAAACUAGGGGAAGUCACUUACGGGAAAUACAAGGAACUGAGUUCUUCCAUGGAACAUGUGCUAAACCUCCUGAUUCAGCUUAGUGCAGAGAUACAGAAGCCAAUAGAUAACGAGACCGCAGUUAAUACUGACGAUAUUGUUGAGACUGUGUACAGCCGCUUGUCAUCUGAACUAGCGAAGAAAGACAAGGAAAUGAAGUUGAUGCUCUCCAACCAGAGAAAAGAAUUUGAAGAAAAAUUCCAACGAAAUUCAGACGAAUGGUCCCAGAAGAAUAAAGAACUGUCAACUCAUUUUGAUAACCUAGAAGUAAAAGCGGAGGGUAGUUUUCAGAAAUUGUUUAAUAUAACGACGAAAUGUUUAGAGCAACAGAACAAUGAUAAGGUUCAACUUAAAAGAGAAAACGAAUCAUUAACGAAAAAAAUUACUGAUAUAUCUGAUGGGUUGCAAAGUCUUCAAGAAAAAUGGAAUAUACACAACUUUUCUUUUACUGAAAAGGAAAAGAAAGUAAAUGACGAGUUUACGAAGAAAUCCAGAGAAAUCGCAUUACAACUUUCAGAACUUAAAACUCAAAACGAGAAGGAUAUUAAAAGGUUAAUGAAAGAACAGAUUGAAAAGUUGAAUGAUCACGCUGUAAAAGUAGGGCGACUGGAACAUAAAUCUAAUGAUACGGAUGUCCGUGUGUCCAAAUUAUCAGAAAAAUGUGAGUUUGAUGCUAAAAAUCUGAAAAUGAUCAGCGACAAAGUGGAGACUUUAGAAGACAAGGUCAACAAAAUGUCCGUGAAAUCAGACAUGCACGUACCUAGGUUUAACGCGGAAGGGCCAAUCCUAGCUCCAGAUCGUGGCGUUUUUAAACUACGUGGUCAUGAUGGUACCAAUGUUGUAAAAGAGACAGCUGAGACCCUAAAACCAACACAAGGAUUCAAAGAGAUGGAACCUAAUGCAAGCGUCGGCAGCCAUCAACUCAACAAAACAAUUCUGAAAACGGUAGACCCAACAAACGGAGUCAUGCAGCAAAGUCCUCAGCUUAAGUCCCAGCGGACUCCAUCUCCAUACAGAUACAGCAGUCCCCUAAACGAAACCAAUCAACUCUUCACAAAUGUAAAUGUCCCUCCUCCGACAUUAAUUCACUCUACUCCACCACCGACCAGGUCGUCACGUGUCAAUCCCACACGAGACACAGACAGACCAAACUUCCAGUAUCCCCCACCAGGCUACACCCCACCACCUCAAUACGUUCCAACCCCUGCACCUAUAACUGGCGUUGUAUAUUCUACCCAAACUUUGAGAGAUAAAUAUCCAAAACUGUAUCCCAAGCCGCAGCAAAGUAAUAAACCUAAAGGGAGAGUUGCACUUUUUGGAUCCGCUUAUGUUUCUAACGUAUAA